AUGGGCAAUACCCACGACACGCAGAUAGCACGCAUCGAGGCAGACUUCAUUGGCUCUAGGUGGAAAACUGUUGAUGACUACAGAUGGGGCUACUGCAAAGAUAGAGCCAAUGCUGACGCAAAGCAGAACUGCUCACAAAAGUAUAAUGUUCUUCAAAUGCGAGUAAAUGUUAAAGAAAUUGUUAAAACAAAAAGCACCUAUAUAUGUACGCAGAUAUCUACACGUGUACAUCUACAUGAUUGUAAGAUUUGCCAGAACUGCAUUCAAAUUAGGGCAUUGAACAGCUGUCAUAAGAUCAGUAGAAGAUAA